AUGAAGUCAUGCUCUGCUUAUGUAAUAUACGCGAAGCAAAGCACUGAUAGACGAGAGCAUCACUUAAGAGAUGAAGUCUUCAUCUGUGUUCCCAAACCCGAUUCAUUUAAAGAUAAAUAUGACUAUCGUUUUACCUCAAACUCACUUAUUUAUAAUAUCGGAGCUGUUCUCACAUCUAAUGAUAAUAAUAACCACUUCUUGGAGGCAAUUGAAGAACUUAAUCAAGAAAGUGAUAUUAUAAGGACAGGAAUCAGAUUCAAUGGUUAUACUAUAAUAAAAGAGUCUAAUAAAAUCAGAAAUACACUCAAUGUGUGCGAAAAGUUGUUUGCUUCUCAGGUUUACGGUAUUAUCGUUGAGGACACCUCACCGUCCGAUCCAAUAACUUAUACGACAACACUUCAUAACAUUCCCACAAUAGGAAUCUGCAAUCGGGAAGCAUUCCUAUCAGACAAAAGUCUUUUUCCGACUUAUGUGCGGACAGUUGCCUCGUAUACAAAUCAGGCGGACAUUUGGGCCGAACUACUGACUUAUUUGAACUUCAAUUGUGUUGUAUUCAUUCACAGCAAUGAUAUCAAUGGCAGAAGAGUUCAAAAUAGGUUUGAAGAGUUGGCUGAUAUGUUAAAUAUUAAAGUGGAAGCUGUUAUUGAAUACGAACCGGGAUUUCCUGAAGUCUCCAAAUCAUUAGAUGAAACAAAGUCACAGUCAACAUGUCGUGUCUUCAUAUUAUAUACCGACUCCGAAGACUCUGAAGCACUGUUCCAACAAAUACUUCUCCUUAAUAUGUCUACCACUGGAUAUGUUUGGAUUGUUUCAGAACAAGCUUUGAUGGCUAAGAAUAAGCCGAUAGGAAUGAUAUCAUUGAGUCUUCAAAAUUUUUACAGCACUGAUAGUCAUAUUAAAGACAGUGUCUUUAUUCUUGGAUCAGCCAUUAGAAACAUGUAUUAUACACAUAAUAUAACGACUCCACCAUCAGAUUGUAGAGAUAUUGGUCGACUCAAAUGGUCGAGUGGUUCCAUACUCUUUGAUUAUAUUAAAAAAGAAAAACUUUCUUUCGGAAAGACAGGUCACGUGGCUUUCGACGAGAAGGCCGACCGAAUUAAUUCUGAAUAUGAUAUCAUAAAUGUUGACAAUAAUGGAAACAAUCAAAUCAUCGGUCGAUACCACUUCUCUCAAAGUGAUUAUAAAAUGCUUUUGAGUAUAAAUGAUAGUCUAAUAGUUUGGUCAAAAAAUAGUUCAAACAAACCAUAUGGUUAUGAAGUGCCAAAUCAUUUUAGAGUUGCAACUAUUAGUGAGAAGCCGUUUGUUUGGGUUAGUGAUGCCGACACAAAUGGCAACUGUCCAGUAGAUCAGAUUCCCUGUCCAUUAUAUAACACAACGACAGGAGUUGAGCAUAAAUAUUGCUGUGAAGGCUAUUGCAUGGAUUUGCUGAAGACAUUAGCAGAUCAGUUGAAUUUCACGUAUUCAUUACAUCAGGUCGAAGAUGGUCUUUACGGUGGAUACUCUUUUGUCAACAAUUCCGUUCGCAAAGUAUGGACUGGUUUAGUUGGUGAACUUUACUACAAUAAGGCAGAUAUGGUUGUGGCGCCCCUAACCAUAAACCCGGAGAGAUCGCUGGUCAUUGACUUUACAAAACCAUUUAAAUAUCAGGGAAUAACUAUAUUGCAAAAGAAACAAUCAAUUAACAGACACAGACAUCCAUUGGCAUCGUUUCUCCAGCCAUUUCAAGAUAGUCUAUGGGUGUCAGUGUUUGUGGCCGUACAUGUGGUGGCACUCGCAUUAUACUUAUUGGACCGAUUUAGUCCAUUUGGUAGAUACAAACUGCCCAAUUGUGAUGUCACUGAAGAGGAUGCGCUCAACCUUUCAAGUGCCAUAUGGUUUGCGUGGGGCGUCCUCUUCAACAGUGGUAUCGGUGAGGGAACCCCACGAAGCUUUGGAGGAAGAGUAUUAGGGAUGGUUUGGGCCGGAUUUGCAAUGAUUGUGGUCGCAUCAUAUACUGCCAAUUUAGCCGCUUUUCUCGUUUUGGACAGACCUGAAACACCACUGACUGGAAUCAAUGACCCGAGAUUUAGAAACCCCGACAAAGAUUUCAAUUAUUCAACAGUUAGGGACAGCUCUAUUGAUAUGUAUUUUCGCAGACAAGUGGAACUGAGAGAUAUGUAUUCAAAAAUGCAAAUUAUAUAUAAUAACUCUGAAGAUGCCAUCGCAGCCGUCAAAUCUGAUGAUUUAAAUGCAUUUAUAUGGGAUUCAGCGCGUCUUGACUUUGAAAAAGCUAAAGACUGUGAGUUAAGCACUUCCGGAGAGCUUUUUGGUCGAUCGGGUUAUGCUAUUGGACUGACAAAAGGUAGCAGUUAUUGGACCAAUAAAGUGACACUUGCUUUGCUUGGUAUGCAUGAAAUCGGUUAUAUGGAAGAGUUGGACAACAAAUGGAUCUUUUUAGACGAACAGAUAUGCGAUAAACGAGAUGCCAACUCUCCGGCCACUCUUGGCCUCGAAAAUAUGGCCGGAGUUUUCAUAUUAGUCGGGUUCGGCAUAUUUGCCGGUAUUGGACUCAUUAUGUUUGAAAUUGUUUAUAAGAAACGAUCGACAACUAAACUAAAGCGCAUAGAAUUGACCCGAAAUGCUGUCGACAAAUGGAAAGAAGUGAUGGAGAAUCGGCGAAUUAUGGAAACAAUGAAUCAAAGUGCAAAACAAAGACUUUUUCAAAAACAUAAAUAUAAUCAAAGUUUAAGACAAGACGAGUCUUAUAUCGAGAGAUCUUCUGACACAACGCCUUAUACAGUGGAGAAGGGUCUCAAUGCCAUCAAAAGUGAUACAAUUCGUGGUGUCAUUCAUGAGAUGAGACCAAAACUUAAGAGGGAUUAUUCAUUUGGCAGUGAAUCGCAAUUAAAUAUAUUAUCGGCUGAUUCUCACAAAGACUUGUCUUAUAAAACUAGUAAUACCAGACAGACUACUAAAGAUAAAGAUUGUAAAACAAGCAAAUCUAAGACAACCACCACUACAACCACUCCAACUGAUUAUAUGAGUCUUGUUUGA